AUGCUCAGUGCUCGGGAUCGCCGGGACCGGCCCCCCGAAGAGGGGGCAGCUGCAGUGCUCCAGGGCUUCGCCGUGGACAAGACCUUCCUCUCCUCCCUCAAAGGCAUCUUGCUGGAAACUGAGCUGGCCCUGACCUUCAUCAUCUUCAUCUGCUUCACGGCCUCCAUCUCCGCCUACAUGGCUGCAGCACUACUUGAGUUCUUCAUCACACUCGCUUUCCUCUUCCUCUAUGCCACCCAGUACUAUCAGCGCUUCGAUCGGCUGAACUGGCCCUGUCUGGACUUCCUCCGCUGUGUCAGUGCCAUCAUCAUCUUCCUGGUGGUCUCCUUUGCGGCUGUGACCUCCCGGGAUGGAGCUGCCAUUGCUGCUUUUGUUUUUGGCAUCAUCCUGGUUUCCGUCUUUGCCUAUGAUGCCUUCAAGAUCUACCGGACUGAGAUGGCACCCAGGACCACCCAGGAUGACCAGCAGUGA